GUUCGUGGUUGUUUCUUAACCUAAGGUCCACCUUUGUUUACCUGGGCCUGUCACCUGAGGACUGAUGACUCUCUGUAAUGUCUCAGAUUGUAGUGUUAGAAGAUCUAUCAAGAGACAAGGACUUGCGGCUGAACACCGUCACUGUCUGCCACUCAUUGUAGAUCAUGUUCCAUUAUUUUAUUGUUUAGUACACAGAAACCUCCAUAUAACGGACCUCUCUCUGAUGGACCCAUGAUGUAAUGGACUAUCUAUGUAGUUCGUUAGAUGGAAGUUUCACAUUUAACGGACCCUCGAUUUAAUGGAUUUUCAUCUCCUUGUAGUCUGUUAAAUGGAGGUUUUGCUGUAUCUUGUUGCAGUAAAAGAUCAGUAACUUUCACAUGAACAAAAGUAACACCACCAGAGAAAUAUUGUUUAAACAUUAUACAGUACAGUACAGUAUAUAUAAUUAUUGAGUUGAUGUGACUGGUGUAGAGUAUUGCCAUCUCUUUGUUUUUUCAAUACAGUUUGUGUAUGUGCUGUAUAAUAAUUAUGUUAGAAUAAGAUUUGGAAAUUUUAAUUCAUCUUAUGUGCAUUCUGAUGCUCUUACAUUAUUAAUAUUAUUGCUUCAUCUUUAUCAAUGUCAUGGGGCCGAGGAUUUAUGUGUGUACGUACAACAGUGUGAGCUGGUCUUGACCUUACUGUCUACUAUACUUAAAUAUCAUCUUAUGUUUAACUGUUUGAAUUAAUUUAUUUAUUAUUGAAGUAGCAGGACUAAUAAUGCUGUACAGUAUUGUCUCUGUUAGGUUGGUGAUCGGUGUUGCUGCUCUUAUAAUAUGUACUGUACAGUUUGAUGAUAUAAAGUAUUAAUACAGUACAGUAUACUAUAUUAUGAUAUGUUUAUUUCUGAUGAGUUGUUAUUAGUUCUGGUAAUAAACUUUAUUAUAGAAAAAUAUAAAUAAUGCAUAUUUUUUUAUAACUUUAAAUACAGUUAUGCUGUAUGUCAAUACUGUGAGUAAACAGAGAACUCUUAAGAGGCGGCCGAUCCUGCCUGUAAACUUGGUUCCAACAGCAUCAAAAUCUGUGAUAAAUUAAAAGAUCUUUCUUCUUUUUCUAAAGCCAAGUUUCGUCAUUUCUCAAAAAUGAAUUCCAGCAAAACCAUAUUUGAUUGUAAUGUGUGUGGGAAGACCUUCCCCUACAGGUCACGUCAACGUGCCCACAUGAUAAUUCACACUGACGAGAAACCUUUUGCUUGUACCGAGUGUGGUGAAGCCUUCAACAGAAAGUGUAAUUUAAACCAACACAUGAAGAAACACACUGGUGUCAGACCCUUUAAGUGUAGUGAGUGUGGAAAGUCAUUUUGCUGGUCAUCAAAUCUUAGUCAACACAUGAGAAUACACACUGGUGAAAAGCCAUACAUAUGUAGUGAAUGUGGAGCAACGUAUUCGUGUAAAACGGGAUUAAAAGAUCACAUGUAUAUCCACACGGGAGAAAAACCUUUUAAGUGCACCCAGUGUAACAAGAAGUUCCCCAGGAAAUCAUAUUUAACGCAUCACAUGCGGUCUCAUACUGGUGACAAGCCAUUUCAGUGUAAGGAAUGUGGAGAAGCGUUUAGUUGGAAGUCGUCGCUCUCCUGUCACAUGAGUCUACACACUGGUAAUAGAAGUACAACUAAUGAAAGUGACUGUCCCUUAAGUGUGAAAUUAAGUUUAUUGAAACGGAAAGAAACACAACAAGGUGUAUCGGGUAAUACUCUGCGUGAAGAGUUAGCGAGAGAAAGUGUUACAUCGAUAAAAAAUAAAUGUGCUCUGUGGGUGAUGGAUGGUAUAGCCCCUGAGGAAGUUAUCAUCAAAGAAGAAGCGGUCACUGUUAAAGAUGAACCUAUUGAUAUAGCUAAAGAAGAGCCUUGGUCAUAACAUUCACCAUCACUUAUACUGUAUACUCUACAAUAUUUGUCAUAUUCACAAUAAAAAGAAAAUGAUCUCUUCUUAGAAAUUAAUACUUCAACAUCUUCUAAUAUGGUUAUUUAGAUCACUUCAGAGUUGUCUUCUGAACAUUUGAUCUGACACAGUGCAGUACAGUCCAUGGCACACAGGAACACAGGCUGUGGGACCCUGACACAGUGCAGUACAGUCCAUGGCACACAGGAACACAGGCUGUGGGACCCUGACACAGUGCAGUACAGUCCAUGGCACACAGGAACACAGGCUGUGGGACCCUGACACAAUUUACACCCAAGACACACAGUUGUAAGUCCACAAAACAAUUGGAAAUUUUGUCCAAGCAGUUAAGGAGAUGGCCAAAAGUACCCAUUGUUGAUAAUUCUAUGUGACCUUAUGAUCAAUGUCAUUGUAACUCAUAGAUGUCACUAGUGUAGAAAUUCACCGUUGAUCCAGAAAAUCGUGCUUAAGAAGUUGCCACCACUGAAGUAAGUCAGGUUGACGCGGGAACACUGGACGCAGACAAGUGGAGUGAGUUAGUGACCCUCUAUGGGGCUAAGGACUGAAAGAGUGUCGGCUGAAAGUCACAUCGUGUCAUUGUUUGGGAACCACUUCUGUUGAUCUUCUCGGGCAGGCAGGGUGACCAUUUGACCAGGCACUGAAUAAUUGUAAAACUUUUCUUAAUGUGCUGAUAUUACAGUACAGUAAUAUCUCCGUUAGCCGGAAUCCUCAAACCC